CAUCCAAGCUGGGCCGACCUGCAGGAGACAUGAAAAGUUACAGGAAGAUUUUAAAGUGGGGGGUGCUUUUCAUAGUCUUGAUCCAAAAGGAGUGUGCAAUCAUUUCCAGAAUGUAUGGUGGUUUUGAUGGCGGUGGGUGAACAGCUGUAGGAGGGGCUUUGUCAGAUAAGGAUGGCAUUAGGUAAGGCCAUUAGCGUCCUGUGGAUUAUUGUAAUCCAGCCUCUCUGUCACUUCUGCCUUGGUUUGCUCAGUCCACAGUCAGUCUUGUCCGGUUUGAAGCAGGUUGGAAGAUGGCUCUCAAUGCACAGCGUUUCCUGCUCACCCUGCUUCUUCUGGGAGCUAACGUGUUCGUCAGCAUUAAUGCUCAAGAGGCGGGUGUGUCCGAGGCAUGGACCAGCAGGUCUUGCAAAUGUGAUUGUGAGGGAGGAGAAUCCCCGACUGAGUUUUCCUCCAUUGGGUCUGGCUCUUCAAUGGUGCGAGGAGUGGAUUGCAUGCCAGAGUGUCCGUACCACAAACCUCUAGGCUUUGAGGCUGGAUCGGUGAGUCCAGACCAGAUCGCCUGCUCCAACCAGGACCAGUACACCGGCUGGUUUUCCUCGUGGCUCCCGAGCAAGGCCCGACUCAAUGCCCAGGGCUUUGGGUGUGCCUGGCUGUCUAAAUUCCAGGACAGCAGUCAGUGGCUGCAGAUUGACCUGAGGGAGGUGAUGGUGGUGUCAGGGAUCCUCACUCAGGGCCGCUGUGACGCUGACGAGUGGGUCACCAAGUACAGCGUUCAGUACCGCACAGACGAAAAACUCAACUGGAUAUACUACAAGGACCAGACUGGAAACAACAGGGUGUUCUAUGGAAACUCUGACCGUUCCUCGUCUGUGCAGAACCUUUUGCGGCCACCCAUUGUGGCGCGCUACAUCCGCAUCCUCCCCCUCGGAUGGCACACACGCAUCGCUCUGCGCUUGGAGCUGCUGCUCUGCAUGAACAAAUGCAUCUGAUCCUCAGCCGUCCCCGAGGCCUUGUCCCAAAACCUCAUCUGUACCUAAAGCCCCAUUGUCAAAGUGUGUGGUCUGAUAUUAUAUCUACAGAUUUGGCCCCUCCUAGCUAUAUGUAUAAAACCACAAUUUGAGACAAAAAAAAUGUUUAAAACCUUUUUGAAGUAAAAACAAAACAGUUUGACUUAUUUGAUUUCAUUAGAAUAUGUGUUUGAUAUGCUCAAUGAGCUUUCAUUCAAUCCACUCUCCAUUGUCUGUGUUAAACCAGUCUCACACUGGGGGCUUUAAUUUGGCGAGUUCUCAAUAGAUUAUUCCAUUUGCAGCGAAAUGGCAUAAACUCAAAGCAAUAAUUAGGCAUGGAGAGGGAGAGGCAGCGUUGCUAUGGAGGUUGUAUCCACAGGUCAGACAAGCUCUUCCAAAACAUUUGUGUCUGUGACAGGUCAAUGAAUGUCUGUCUGCUUCUCCUGAUAUUUAACAGUAAACAGGGAAUUUACAGCUCUGUACCUCUCCCUCAGUCUCUAUUCUGUAUUUUCCUUUAAGAACAAGGCUGGUGAAAUACUGUAUUUUCUUAUUGUCAAAAACUCCCAUGAAAAGACUAAAACCGUGAACCGUGACUAAAACAGUGAAUUGAUUCUAACAAAAGCAUUGUUAAUGUGGCCAAAGCCUGACAUCUUUAUUAUAUUAUUUCCAGUAACUAUAAGAACGUGUCAAUGAAUGACACUGUUGAAAAUGUUCCUUCAUUAUAAAAAACGUGAGCAUUGUGGUUAAUUUUGAGUCAUUAACAUACACACUGUCCUGCUGCUCUAAGUGGCUCAAUGUGUAUCAAAUGUGAUUAAUUAAUCCGUAGCUGAAAAUAGUCCCUAACAAAUGCAAACAAAUGUUUGAGUAAUGUUUGCUAAAAAACUACAGCUGUUCCUCCCCAGGAAAUUAUUUUGUCUUUUAAAAAAAAAAGAUGGUAUAUAAUUGUGACCCCAUUUUUGAAAUAAUUUUUAUCCCCAGUAACAAAUGGUCUUGGGGAGUGUCAUUGUUUAUUUCGGUCUUUUGAUGGGAUUUGUUCAUAACAAAAAAUGUAGAAAAAUGCCAGACUUAUUCUUUAAAUAUGCCUGUGAUCUCACUUCUUGUUUUCUCUUUUUUGUUCACUCAUCAUUUUUACCUCAGGCACUUUUUAAAAAGUAUCACUCUUCAGUGUUAUAAGAAUUGAGGUUUGGAAAAUUCACUAAUAUUCUGUGGUGGUUUUGUAUUGUGGUUAACUCCUAACAUUUCAAUUUAAUCUCCUAUGGUGCUUUGGGAAUACAUUGCAGAGUUUUAUUUACUCUGAAUGUGUUCUUUAUUGUAUCUUUAAACCAUUUCCUUGAUUAAAUUAUCACUUGUCUCAA